AUGGAACCAACAUCAGAAACAAGACCCGAACUAGUAGUUCUUCAUGAAGCACCACCACCACCUGAAGAACAAAAUUUACAAUCUCUCAUGUGCAAGUGCUGUGUGUUAAAAGUGUCCAUUCAUUGUCAAGGUUGCAUGAGAAAAGUCAAAAAAGUCCUCCAAAGCAUAGAUGGUGUUUAUCAAACUACAAUUGAUUUGAAGCAACAGAAAGUUGUAGUAAUGGGAACCGUAGACACUGAUACACUGAUCAAGAUACUCGCGCAAACUGGAAAACGAGCGGAGUUAUGGCCGGACACAGAACCUAUCAAGAAGAAAAAGAAAAAGAAGAAGAAAAAGAAGAAACCUAAACCAGAAAAUAAUCAGAACACGGAUCAGAAACAAAGCGAGGGAGAUAGCAGUGAUGAAGGGAACCAAACCGACGGUAACGAAAACGAAGCAGUUAAAGUUGUUGUUCAAGACACAGUACCGAGAAAUUCUGAAGCUUGUGGCGGCGGUGGUGGGAAUAUUAAUGUUACAAGAAUGGGCGAAGGAGGCUGGCCGACCGGAAGAGGAAGUGUACAAUUCCAAGAACUGAAGCCUGAGGUGAGACACGUUAUGAAUUUCCCCGGCGGUAACGGUAACCAGUUACCGGUGGCGGAGAAAAGAGUUACAGUUGCGGUGGAGAAUGGUGCGGGAAACGACGGUGGAUAUAUGAGGAAUAGAACUUUUUACAGAGGGCAGAAAGGGAAUAACGAAGGUUUAAAUGUUACUUUCGAACAACCAUCUUCUGGUGAUUGGAAUCAGAAUCCGAAUCAGAUGCAAGCCAAUGGGCCGGGUUCGGGCUCGGGCCCAGGACAUGUUUCAUUUAUGGGCCCACCUAAUGAAAGUCCUCCGCGGAAUCAAUACCCACCGCAUUAUCAUGGGCAUGCACCAGCAUCUCCUACUGCGGCGUGUGGUGGAAGCAGCUUUCAUACGGCGUAUACUCCUUCGAUGAGAUACGGUGCAUCGUAUUGUACGACGUCGUCGCAACCGUAUUCGUAUACUCAUGCACAUCAAAGUAAUGAUUCUGACUCGGAAACUUAUGCUUAUGCUACACCGUCACGCCGGUCACAUUCUUUUGAGUUAUUUAGUGAUGAAAAUCCUAAUGCUUGUUCAGUUAUGUGA